AUGGCGGAAACACCUGUUAUGCAGACCCCCGUGCAGACGUAUGGCAGUAUACCUGGCGAAAACGAGCGCGAUCAGCCGAAGCAGUUUCCCCCGCUCACUGACUUGGGGAGUACAGACACUUUCACAUUUGCGACCAGGACUUCGUCGGGGAGUCGCGUGCCCCAAGCCAUCGCACACCGGGGUUACAAAGCAAAGUUUCCAGAGAACACGCUCGGUGCUUUCAAGGGCGCCGUGGAUGUUGGUGCAGAUGCGAUCGAGACCGACAUCCAUCUGAGUCAGGACGGAGUCGUGGUUCUGAGCCAUGACGCCGACCUCCAGCGCUGCUUCGGCCAGCCCGAUAAGAUCAUCACGCGGGACUGGUCUUACCUCUCUACACUACGUACACUUGCAGCACCGCACGAAUCCAUGCCACGAUUGAAAGACCUACUCGAGUACUUGACACAGCCAGGCUGCGAGCAUAUAUGGGUGUUACUAGACGUCAAAGUAGACAACGAUGCGGAGGAAGUAAUGAAACGUAUUGCAGAGACCGUACACAGCGUACCAGCAGUUGACAAGAGACCAUGGCACGAACGUAUUGUAGUAGGAAUAUGGAGUGCAUCGUGGCUCACCCAGACCCACACUCACCUCCCCCUGUAUCCCGUAACGCACAUUUCCUUCUCUCUCCUGACAUCUUCGCGCCUCCUAUCAGUACCGAACAUCUCGUUCAAUAUCCCCCACUUCAUUCUGCGCAUCCCCUUCUUUGGACGUCGCUUCGUCCGCCGCGCACACUCGCCUUAA